GAGGAGUCGGAAGGAGGGCAGAGCAGUGAACACGACGGAGGGGAUCUGAGUUACUCGUCGGGAGAGGCGAAACAGGUUGUGGAGGCUAAACCAAGGCAAGGGAGGUGACCGAACACCAUUCAUGACCAAGAUGAGUCAGAAGUCGGAGCGCCGAGGGAUCCGUGUUGACCAAUCAGAGCUGCUGUGUACAAAAGGAUGCGGUUACUAUGGCAACCCCGCCUGGCAAGGCUUCUGCUCCAAGUGCUGGCGUGAGGAGUACCAGCACGUCCGGCAGAAACAGAUCAAGGAGGACUGGGCGCUGGCAGAGAGGCUGCAGAGGGAGGAGGAGGCAGCCUAUGCCAGCAGUCAGGGAGCGCAGUCCCAGCCUUCCCUCACACCCUUCUCCAAAUUCGAGGAGAAGAAGAGCAACGAGAAGACCCGCAAGGUCACCACCGUCAAGAAAUUCUUCAGCCCCUCGUCCCGGAUCGGCGCCAAAAAAGCCCUGGCUGCCAGACUGAGAGAGAGCCAUGAGACGAAGGUCCCCAGCCCAUCGAUGAGCAGACAGGCCAGCAUCGAGACGGACCAGGUUUCCCGGGACUUCCUCGACUUCCUGAAGAGCCUGCACAAGCCGGGCCGCGAAAUCCACAAGCAGUGCCGGGCCUUCAUCGAGACCAUGGCCACCAAGGAGGACCAGCAGAGCGUGGAGGAGCUGUCCGAGUGUGUGCAGGAUUUCUACCAGAACAUGUCAGACAGGCUGCUGACACACUUCAAAGGCUCCUCCGAGCGGGUGGAGAGGGUGAUGGACCAGGUGGAGAAGUACAUCAUGACCCGCCUCUACAAGAACGUCUUCUGCCCUGAGAUCACGGACGAUGAGAAGAAAGACCUGGCAGUGCAGAAACGCAUCAGGGCUCUGCACUGGGUCACUAUUCAGAUGCUGUGCGUCCCGGUUGAUGAAGAGAUCCCUGAAGUGUCUGACAUGGUGGUGAAGGCCAUCACAGAUAUAAUCGAGAUGGAUUCAAAGCGCGUGCCCAGGGACAAGCUGGCCUGCAUCACCAAGUGCAGCAAGGACAUCUUCAACGCCAUCAAGAUCACGAGGAACGAGCCCGCCUCGGCCGACGACUUCCUGCCCACCCUCAUCUACAUCGUGCUGAAGGCCAACCCCCCGCGGCUGCAGUCCAACAUCCAGUACAUCACCCGCUUCUGCAACCCCAGCCGCCUCAUGACAGGCGAGGACGGGUACUACUUUACCAACCUGUGCUGUGCCGUGGCCUUCAUCGAGAAGCUGGACGCCCAGUCGCUCAACCUCAGCCCGGAGGAUUUCGAGCGCUACAUGUCUGGCCAGGCGUCUCCGCGCAGGCAGGACCCCGAGGGCCUGAGCCAGGUGUACCAGAGCCUGGAGCUGCUGAACGGGCUGGGGGAGCGGCAGGAAAGAGUGCUGCAGGGGGCGCGGAGGCUGGAGAGAGACCUCAUCGACUGGCAGGACGGCGUGGCCCGGGAGGUGCAGGACAUCCUGGACAAAUACCCCUUGGAGAUCCGGCCGCCCGCCUCCGCCAUCGACUCCGAUAACGUGGAGAACGACCGCCUGCCGCCCCCUCUGCUGCCACAAGUCUUUGCUGGCUAGCCUCACCCCCCUCUGCCUCCCGGAGUCAAGCACAGCCAAGCCAGGGCCUUCUCUGUACAACGCCCAGUCUUACCAAACGCUUGAAGUCCCAGUCACUGUGACACUCCAGAAUAGGCCUGAGCUUACCCUAAAAUAUAGCAGUAAACUGCCUGUUCAGUCUCCCUUCAUGCCUCUGCCUGUAAGAUCAAGGGCCUCUCUCUGAGCGGAGCUGCUCAGGCACAGAGGACUCAUUCACAGAGGCUCUCUGUCAGCUGCCUCAUCCCUACACUGCAGCUAGAAGAGCAGCUCCGUGGAAUAUAUGAAUAUAUGAAUUCCAGCCCAGACACAGAACCAUACAUAUCGCAGUGCAGAGAUCAUGAUAAAGGUCAAGAUGUAUGUUCUGUAUGAUUCAGCAUUGUUUCAGCUUAGGUCAUUAUUUUCAGUGCUUACAAUCCCAGAAAAGAUUGCUUCUGAAGAGUCUGAUUUCCUGAAGCAUGUUAGCGUUGCGCUGUGCACUGACCCCCAUACUGUGUGUGAAGCAUGAGGCCCGUGAACCACUGAUACGCUUCCCUGCCUCACUUCAGAAAAUCAGACUUGAAAAGUAUUCCAAUCUCUGAAGAGCAGCAGGUUGACUUGUCUCUUCAGAUCCAUGUGUUUGCAGGAGAGAUCUGUCCUCUUGUACUGUAGCUCAGACUGAAGCGUUGUAUAUAAAGCAAGACAGACAAACAGACUAAACACUACAGGCUCCUGGCUCUAGAUUCUGCUAAACAAUGUGUUUAGUGUCAUAAAACUAAAGUGUCACAGAUCAGUACCAUGCAUGCAUUUAAAACCCUUAAUGAACUCCUAACUGCAGCACUAAAAAGAUCAAUGUAUGGAGACCUGUUUGAUUGGCAAGUCAAUGCCUUGUAAUAUCAGUGCCAGCAUAUAUCUGUACCAGCGCACGUUUCUCCUUACCUCUCAAACGGUCACAGGAAUCUCAAUAUAGAAAACCUGACCCGUCUUGACAGCUACUGAUACGACUUCAGAUCAGUGUUUGAAAAGGAAGUGUGAUCCGAACUCUUGUCAGUCCAGGUUUGAGAUUCAACCAGAACCACCUGUAAAUAUUUUAAAUCUGCUAUGCUUUCCAGUGCACACAAGCCAAUAAUAGGUAACCUGUGUACCCCAGAAUGAUCAAAAAGGAUCUGGUUGAAAUAAAAAAUGAAAUAGACUGUUCGUAUACUCUGAUAGUGAGAGUUAGAAGCCCCUUCCUGCUUGAUUUUUCACUCUGGCAGUGCUGAAUACACGGAGAAAUAGCAUGGCUGUGUUUGCUAAGCGAGAGCGACCCCUGGUGGUACUUUGUAAAUUGCAAUAUUUUGAAGCACUUAAACUGCAGACAUUUAGAGCAGCUUGUGAGGUUGGUGCUGCUCUUUUAACUCUGAGGUACUUGAGAUCCACACUAAUCUUACUGCAGUGCGAAGGGUCUCUCUGCACACAAUGUACAAGUGUAUAUUUCUAUCCUUUAUCGGCGUAUCUUUUAAACCGUAUGGCUCUCUUAACACGGCUGUACUAUUUGUGAUGUAAAUGUUCCAUCGAUCAUUUUUAAACAUCCUUUAAUUUUCAGGUAAAACUGUGUGAAACUAAGGGUUUGAAUUGAUCAGUCAGUGCUGGCUUAUCCCACAGGGUAUAUGCUGAUCAAGCAGACACAUGUUUCUUCUAGCUAUACCCAUGAUGUAAGUGUGACUUCUACAUUGUCAAGUGGUGUUUUUAUAGUGUUUGAAAUGUGUUUUAUUUAAUUGCAAUAAAAACCCACAACUUCCAAA